AGUAUAGUAAGAACAGUUACAGAAUAAUCAGGCGGGGUCACUGACUUCAAACAAACAGGCGUUCCAAAAACCGACAGCCGCGGGGCAUGCAUUUCACUUGGCAAGGCAUGUCGCAACUAUGAGUGCAUGCGUAAAAUACUCACGACUAGAAAUGUAGCCAAGUCGAGUUCUUUCAACCUGCUCCGAAUGAGAAUGAAUGAUUUCCCCCUUAGCUCUGCCUGGGAAUUAGCAUUCAGGGAGCGUGCGGGCACAUUAAAAGGGCAACGUGACUGACUGAGCUUCAAGCUUUGUAAAUCUAGCAUGCGUGUUGGGUAGAAACAUCGACGUGGAGUAGGCUACGAGUGCGCGGCUAGGCAAAGUCGUCGAACUGUUGUUUUUCGUCGAACUCUUAGUUUUGUUCCAUGCACUUUCCAUGCAAGUCGUCUUUGAACUUUUACGAAGCCGUUUGCACCUAUUUCACUACUUCAUUAUGGCACGGCAGAUAAUAGGCUGAGAGGGAAAAGCUUCUUUGGUUUACCUUAGCCGUCCCCGGUGUUAUUGGCCUCAGGACUAUUAUUACGCACCUGUGAUGUGGGUUGUCCAUCAGAACAGACAUUGGAUACGGGACAUUUGACACCCUGUUGCUGCUCGCUCGUAAUGAACUUUGAAGCAUUUACAUGCUCUGGCGUGGAUCAUACUAUGAGUGGUAGGCUACCUUUCAGUUGGUAAAACUCUUGUCGAACGAUUCGUGUGAAUUUGAUGAGGUCUUUGGUGUAGAAAACUUUGGGAUCUUUUUUCUCUUUGACUGCUCCCAAAUGGACAGUCAAUCGAAUGGCUAUCAUGUUUCGGACGGUGAUCUCAACAGCAACACCAACAGCAGUAAGAAUACAUCUCAAAGAGUUGAUCCCUAUGGGUUCGAGCGGCCUGAAGACUUCAACUAUGAGUCCCAUGAUGAGAUGAUGGCGGAGUACCUGGCAGUGCUGCGGAGAAGAUCAGUCAAGUGGUCCAAACUGCUGCACGGAAAUGUCAAAGUGGAGAAGAACUACAAAGUGAAGCGGUAUGUGCGUAAAGGGGUCCCCAACGAGCACCGCUCCCUCAUCUGGAUGGCAGCCAGCGGCGCCCAGGAUCAGCUGGAGAAGAACCCGGGAUACUACCACUCGCUCCUGGGGGACAAGCAGGACGACAAGCUGCAGGAGACCAUACGCCUGGACAUGCACAGGACGUUCCCGGACAACGUUCUGUUCCGGAGUUCCUCCGAGUCUUGCUUGCAGACGGCCUUGUACAACGUGCUCCUGGCGUACGGACACCACAACAAAGAUGUCGGAUACUGCCAGGGCAUGAAUUUCAUCGCUGGCUAUCUGAUCAUAAUUACUAAAGACGAAGAGAAGUCCUUCUGGCUGAUGGACGCUCUGCUGGGCAGGAUAUUACCAGACUACUACACGGCGGCCAUGCUGGGUCUGAAGACGGACCAGGAGGUGCUGGGGGAGCUGGUGAAGGCCAAGGUGCCGGCGGUGUGGCGCCUCAUGGAGCAGCACGGCGUCAUGUGGUCCCUGGUGGUGUCACGCUGGUUCAUCUGCCUCUUCAUAGACAUCCUGCCUGUGGAGACAGUACUGAGGAUCUGGGAUUGCCUGUUCUACGAGGGUUCUAAGAUCCUGUUCCGCGUAUCCCUCACGCUGAUCCGCCACCACCAGCCACUCCUACUGCAGGCCCAGAACCUCCCGGACGUCUGCGACCGCUUCAAGCAGAUCACCCACGGGGAGUUUGUGGAAGAGUGCCACCCUUUCAUGCAGAAAAUCUUCUCAGAACCUGGAAGUCUGUCGAUGGCAACGAUAAAAAAGCUUCGGGAGACGUGUCGAGAGCGCAUCAUUGCUGAGGAGGCUGCCAUGCGCCGCUGACAUGAUCGACCUCCUCUCUCCUCCUCCUUAUCCGUACACUCAAAACAUUCCUCACCUGUAGCUGCCGUGGACUCCCCGCAGGAUACUCUAAUGACUAUGCUUUGCACUACCCUGUGGUGUCCACCAGAGGGACUGGAAAUUUGUAUCUAAAUUCUUAUCUUCUAUAAAGAGAGAUGGCAUUCCAUAUUUAACAAAAAAAUCUGUAGUUUUGUGUAUAAAAGGUAGGCCAGCCAGAUGUCCCUAAAGUUUGUUUUAUGGUUUAUUUUUUUAAACUGGUAAACAGAUGAAUUGUUGUACUGUAAAAGAUCCAUUAUGCUGUAAUUUCUACUGCCUAUUUAAAAGGUAAUUGCUUUUGUACUGUUUUUGAAGACAGCCAUCCAUGAAUGUAGAGAAAUGUUGCUUUGAGAAAUGAAGAAAUACUUUUGACCA